AUGGAGGGGCACGGUAUUCCGCUUGGCACUCUUAAGGAGUGUCUGCAGUUCUUGAUGUGGUUAAAUAGUGAUAGUGGUAUGCAGGAUAAGGUGGCCCAAAAUCUGGAAAAACGUAUUGAUAAGUAUUUUAAACCGCCCAAAUUCACAUUAAAUAACGUUAAAUCCGCACUGUCCAAAUUCCUUGAGAACGCGUUUGGGUUUUAUACGAGGCUAUGCAACAAUCCGCAGCCUUGGGCACAUGGAAGGGAAAGCGCAGAACAAAUAUGCAACGCCCUACUAGAGUGUACGCCCAAGUUCCUAGCCGUUAUGUACUUUUUGUGGUACAAUGUGGAUCCGGGUUUCGAGAAGCUUCAUGGCGGUGGUUGGAAGAAGGACUGGCCUGGGUACGGUGAGCGAUCUUGGCAUGGUGAUUGGGGCGGUGAUCUCGACAAGUAUCUCUAUGCGAUACCCGGCGACGCAAAGUACAACUCACGCACCGGCGUCAUACCCGGAGGCUUCACGUCUGAAGAUAAGGUUAUAUAUAACGCAACUUUGUUGGACAGAGGCUAUCCCCAAGGUUAUAGCAUGGCUGGGGACCUACAAAAGAUCGUGGACAAAGGAAAAUAUAAUUAUUUCCGCAGCGUGUUUGUGAGCUCCGUUAUUGGAGAAUCGGCCAAGCGUCCAGAGAACGCCGCGAAUUCUCUUGUGUUGGCGAGAACCUUUUGCGAUAUUGUUCUUGGGGAGACAGGUACAGAUGGCGGCACAUUAAUAACGAAAUUGGAAGAAGGCCUUAAUAAGAUAGUCACAAAAAAAACCAUCUGCUGGAAAGACUUAAAAGCCCACUGCGCUCAGCUUAAGAAAAAACUCCACACGCUUUUCAACGAGCCGAAACGAUUUGACUUCACAGGCCAGGCGACGGGACUUAGCGACCUUAAUAAAGAGGCGCUUGCAGGGAAGGCAGCGGAUUGGCUUAGACAAAAUCUCACUCUAGUGCGGGGGAAAUUGGAUAAAAUUAAGACAGAUGACAUUGCCGUCACCAACCCCAAUGAUAAAAACCUUGGUGAAUAUUUCACCAAAAACUUCUUCCCCUACGGAUUCACAUUUGGGAAAGAAAGGCAUAGUAUUAGGCAAAAGGAUCUGAAGGAUUUGAUGAGGGAUUGGAGCACUGUAAUCGGUGAGCUUAAGCAACGGACUGGCAGCGAUUUGGAGAGACUUAGAGAGAUUUUGAAUGGUGACAAAAAAGAACAGUGUAAAGAGCCUCCGCCUACCAAGGUGCCCGAAGCCCCCAAGGAAGUUGUGCCGGAGAAGAAAGUUCCCGUUCCAAAAAGACCCGAGGGAGCACAGAACCAGGGCAAGAAAGCGGAGAGUUCUCCAACUCCCAAUAAUGGCCAAAGUGAGGGAAGUUCUCCAACUUCACCAGGUGGAGAUGCUGUCUCACAUCCGCCUUCCGGUGAUCAAGGAGCUUCAGGCCCGCGAGGGCCUACGAUGUUUCCUCAGGUUCCAGGUUCACCAGUUCAAAAUACUGAUCAGACUCAACAGGCUCCACCUCAACCCCCGCCAGCUCCUCCCCCUCUUCCUGGCCGCCCUGGCUCCCCUAGUCCGCCGGGUGUCCAGGAUCCGGGCUCAACAUCCGGUCAUCCUCCAGUUCAACAGCCUAUUCUCCCUCCAGUCACUGUGCUUACUCUGCCUACGAGUGUUUCCACUUCAAGCUCCGCACCGCCUGGUGGUGGAGGGGCUGUGCAAAAUGCCGAUCAAGAUGCCAGACAAAGUACCGAUCAAACUUCAAGCGGCGUCGCUAAUACGUCGGAUGGCACGGCGGCUGGUGGAGGUGGAGGGGGUGGGGGGUCAGGAGGGACGGAUGCGGAAGCAGAUUGCAAUAGACAGUUAAGAGCGGAAUGCAAGGAAAUAAUAAAUAAGCUUGAAACAGAGUAUGUCUCGAAAAAGGAAAUAAGAUAUAAAGAUGCGGAGAAGUGGAAAAACAAAUGGGAUCAAGCAGAAGAGCAAAAACGGAAGGAUGCAGACGAACGUCAGAAACUGGAGGAAGCGGAACUCAAAAAGGUAAAGGAAUGGUCCGCAUCAUCUCUUAACGGUUUAAGUAUUGAUGAAAGCCGACAACCCAGUCAGUUUCCAUGGUUCUAUUAUGAUCCGUAUGCUUCACCUGUGGACGGCGUGCCGCUGCGGCAUGAAUCUCCGAGGGAGAGAUACAAAAUGGAAUACCGUAAGAAGCAUGCGAAAGACCUAGCUAAAUAUUAUAGCGCAAUUAAACAACGCACAGCGGCGGAGAAGAACAAACUGGAAACGGAAUUGAACGAUCAACAUACGCAAAAUGCGGCGGCAGAAUGGCAGGAAAAGCAGAAAAUACAAUUUCUGCGAGGUAUUCAAGAGGAUAUUGAAAAUCAAGCUAGAAGUAACAGUGCGGUUGCAGCAUUUAUGUCAGGCACUCCAAUUCCAUCUCCAUUUCCUGUGGAUGGGAGAGCUGUGAAAGGUGACUCAGCGAGUAAUGACGAUUGGGAACAAAAGUCGGAUGAACAAUUGAAAGAACGACAACGGAAAUUAUUACUAAAUGAGAUGCGGUUUGAUAAUCUGCAUGGUGAUGAUAUACAAUAUAAAGCGCGUAUACCUUUUGUGAAGCGGGAGCCGUCUGCGUUCGACGGCAGUGUAGUCAUAGAUACGUCCCGAAACAGUUCGUCCUAUGAGAAGUUGUAUGUAGACGGCCGAAAUGAAGUCAAUAGGCGAUUUAAAGAGGCAAAAAAGAAACAGGAUAAACAAGAAUCAACAUUAAGAGCAGUUUCACAAAAGGCUCUACUUAAAGACACUUUUAGAGGCGGCGACGUAUAUAUCUCUCGUCCACAGCCUACUCCGCCUGAUCCAGUGGACGACCUCACUGAUCUCACCGACCUCCGCAUCUCCACCUGGAAGGUUUCGCAGUCCCCGGCCCUGUCGGACCCCCUUGAUCCCGAACACGCCCAGAAUUUUGAUAAUGUAGGCGAUGAAAUACCUUUGGAGAUUAAGCAUAAAAUUGUCGAUGUUACAGUCGACGAUCCUUAUUCAGUUCCGCCAUCCAAGGCCCCGCACGUCGCAACUCCGGUUACCCUCGCCGUAUUCCCUGGCCAAUCUCCGGAUGAUCUCAAUAGUAACUUCUGCAGCAACCGCUGGUACGUCCCCGAUGCCUCCUCCACUACCGUCACCCAAACUCCCUCCCCCCUCCCAGCCUCGGACCUUUUGCCCCCUCCCAAGACCGUCAGGGAGAUGCUCCACUGGCUGGUCGGCCUGAAUGAAUCGGGGUAUAUUCCUUUCAUCGAGGACCAUCUUAAGAGCAUUUUGACGGAAUAUAACAAGGAUGUCUCACAGCCUUCAGAUGCCCUCCAGGUCACUGAGAAACCAUACAACCUGGACGCUACCCAUGUCUCCAACACCCUGACCGAGGCAUGUCACUACGCUGCAAACUUUCUCUACAAGAUUAAACACAAUGGCAAUUCAAAAACUGUUUCAGUCCCUGAUUUCAGCUCAGAAUAUUCGAAGCUUCAUUAUUCCGUCGACCCCGCCCGCCUCCUCUGCCAGCUGCGGGACUGCGUCUACGCCUGCCACCACCAGUUGGCGUUCCUGAAGUCGCAGUGUUCUCGGAACACCAAGGACGGCGGUUGGCAGGAUUGUAAUUUUGGCAGGAAUGUAUCAUCCCCCAACUCCCCUCUCCAGGCCUUCCUGACCGAUGCCCCCGACUCCAAGUUCGAGACUCACCGCUUCGACCCGUGUGACAUCUGCCUCAAGAGCCGUAUCAACAUGGGAUUCAAGCACGGUGAUUUGCCUGUAUCUCAGCAAACUGGCAACAUACUCAACGACAUCCUCACUCCCACUUGCGGCGGCGAGGAUCCCUUGCUGACAUUGACCUCUUACCUCACCUGCAUCACCAGGCGGACGCCGCGCACCACCGGGGAGCUUGUCUCCUUCUUCCACAAUUUCGGGAAUGAGCUGCAUCAAUCAUCUCCACUGGGCUCCGCCCUCUCCAAGUCACAUGGCCACUGCCCCAACUGGGACUGCCUUGCUGAGGAAGAUCUACAAGUCAUCGAGGACCUCCGAGGCUCCGCCCCUCCCAUCUCCAUCCACGACCAAUGCCAUCCCAAGACACUGUCCACACUGCUUGGCUGUGGCAUCGAUAACGUCAACUGCCCACAACUGAUGAAGCCCAUCACCUACCGGGCCUACGCCCUGUACUCUUCCAGCUUCGUACACCACUACCUCAGCUGGGUGGUGCAUCUGACCGACAGGCUGUGGGAGUCACUGCAUCGGUUGCAUCAAGAUCUCGAGGAUCUUCAAUGUCACGCCGCCAAGCCCAAGCCCCUCCACCAGUGUGACAAGGCGCUGCCCCUCCUCUACACUCACGGCCUCACCCCGCCGGACGGGACACUGCAGCCUUCACUCACGUGUUCACAGUUCAUCGCCAAGUUGGAGGCAGUGGUCUCCGGAAAGCCUAUCGCAAGCCUCAUGACCGCCAUGGACACAUUCCUCUACCGCAUCCGUGCCCCCUUCCUCUUCACCCUGUUCACACUCUGGCUCACCGCCACGCUCUACAUCGCCCACUCACUACUCUACCGCAUGGACGUCCUGCGCCUCCGCUCGCACCUCCUCACCACCAGGGCCUCACACCUCAUCGACGUCAAGGCGCUGCUCGCAGGAAGCCGCAGGAUGCUCUCACUCUACCGUGACGUCGACUACUUCGACGACGACUUUCACUCAUGA